AUGGCCGAGAACACCAAGCUGUUUACGCCUAUCAAGGUUGGCUCGACCACCUUAGAGCACAGAAUUGCCAUGGCUCCUCUGACCCGAUUCCGGGCCAACAACGAUCUGGUCCCCGAGGACAUCGCCGUUCAAUACUACGCACAAAGGAGUGUCGUCCCCGGCACCCUCAUCAUCUCCGAGGGGUCAUUUAUUUCCCCUCAGGGCCGGGGCUACAUCAAUGCUCCUGGUCUUUACACAGAUGCCCAGCAGGAGGGAUGGAAGAAGGUCACAGAUGCCAUCCACAGCAAGGGUUCAAAGAUUUUUGCACAGCUCUGGCACCUGGGCCGUGCCGCCGCAGGAGGCGAGGCCUCUGGCAACCCACCAAUUGACCCCACCUUUGACUUCAGCAAGGAUCUCGUCAGUGCCAGUGCAAUCCCCAUGAAGGAGGGUGAGCGGGCGCCUCGGGCCAUGAGCGAGGAGGACAUCCAGGCCACCAUCGCCGACUACGCGAGGGCAGCCAAGCUCUCCGUCGAGAAGGGCGGUUUCGACGGUGUCGAGAUCCACGCCGCCCACGGAUACCUCAUCGACCAGUUCACCCAGGACACUUCCAACAAGCGCGAGGACGCCUGGGGCGGCAGCAUCGAGAAGCGCGCACGCUUCGCCAUCGAGGUCGCCAAGGCUGUGAUCGCUGCUGUCGGCAAGGACAAGGUCGGCAUCCGCCUGUCUCCCUGGUCUUCCUUCCAGGGCAUGCGCAUGGAGGACCCCAUCCCCCAGUUCAGCUACCUCAUCGGCCGGCUGAGCGAGCUGGACCUGGCCUACCUGCACCUCGUCGAGCCUAGGGUGCACGGUGUUGUUGACGUUGAGCCCGCGGAUGAGAGCCUCGACUUCGCUCUGCAGGCAUGGGGCCGCGAGAAGCCCAUCCUCAUCGCAGGCAGCUACAGCACGGAGCUCGCCAUCGAUGCGGUCGAGAACAAGUACAAGGAUUACGCCGACCAGCUGAUUAUUGUCUUCGGCCGCCGCUUCAUCUCUACUCCGGAUCUGGUCUACAGGGUGAAGAAGGGCAUUCCCCUCACCGAGUACGACCGUAGCACCUUCUACAUCCACCAGUACAGGGGCGACAAGCGCGAACCCGGUUACAUCGACUACCCCUACUGCGAAGAGUACAUCAAGGAGUUCGGCAAGCCCGAUGUUGCAGUCUAA